AUGGUAAAUGACAGAUUUUCUAGUAUUGUGGAAGAAAAUUUAACCAUUCUUAACAAAUAUUUUCAGAAUUCGAAAUAUUUAGAAUUGAAUAUUUUAAACCAGGAAGAAGCUAGUGAGUUUUUAGAUUAUUUUAUAAAAACCAGUUUUGUCAGGACAACAUCUAUCAUUUUUAACACAAAGAAGUCUCAAGAAAAUCUGCCACCAAACGUAAUUUUUCGAUCUCCUCAUCAGGCAGCUAAAACCAAUAUUAUUGUGGGAAAUACACUUGAAAUAUUGGAACAAUACUUCGAAAAUCAUGAAGGUGAAAUAUUACAGCACCGUCGGUGUUUGUAUAUUUUGAUUUUACUGUCAUAUAAACAAGAACGCUUUGUAAGUUCACUUUUAAGAAAAUUAUGGGUAGAAAAAAGAAUAUUAAACGCCAUACUGUACAUUCCUUGCGAAAAAAACUUUAUGUAUAUUUACAGACCUUUUGAAGUAAGAAAUAAUCAAUAUGGUGUUAUUGAAAAAAGCGAUUGUGUUGGAGUAAGAAAAAGUCCACUUUUAGUACUAAAUAAUGUAAAGAAUUUAAAUGGAUUUCCUCUAAAAGUCUCUAUAUUUUCAAGGGGAAUAACUGCUUUACUCGAAACACCAAAAUGUUUAAAAAAUUACAGAAUUUACGAUAAAAUUCCUUACACCAGUGGAAUGUACGGAUUUGAUGGAGUCCUAACAUCUGAGAUAUCUCUAGCUUUGAAUUUUACAGUAUCAAAAAUUGAGGGCUUUAACGAAUUUGGUGUUGUCUAUAAUAAAUCAAGUGCCACAGGAACAGCUGGUCAAAUACUAAGAAACGAAGCUGACCUUCAGGGGAACCCCCGGUUUGUUACUUGGAGUUCCUUACUGAAUUUCGUUGAGUAUACCGAAUAUUUUGCUUAUGACCAACUCUGUGUUGUCGUAUCCAAGUCAGUAUCCAUUCCUAAAUGGAUAGGGCCUUUUAUUAAUAUAAAAUCUUCAGUCUGGAUCGGACUUUUAAUGAUUCUGAUCGUUUCAACUUUGUUUAAUCAUAUUUUAACACCCCCAUCACAAAGAAAGCUUAUGAACAGUUGGAUAGAAGUAUUUGGAGUUUCUAUAUCACAAUGUUUACCAAGAUUCACUAAGAAAACCAGAAUUUUCUCAAUAAUUGUUUUGUUUGGUAGUAUCAACAUUUCAAGCUUAUUUAACGCAACGAUGUAUAAAGCUUACACGAUAGAAUCAUACUAUCCAGAUAUAAAAACUCUGGAAGAGCUGGAUCGAAGCAAUCUGGAGAUCAAAGGGUCUUUGAAACCUUUUGCCAAUAGUUUUUACGAAAUAUACCAGAGCCUGGAUAGGAAAACAUCUUCGAAUUAUCGUGGCUCGGCUUUAGAUUCAGUGGUACGUUCUGGAAAACGUUUUGCAGCUUUCGAAAGGUACCAUGACGCUAAUAUUCUGUUAAGAUCGAAGUACGUUAACAAGGAUGGUACUCCUAUGCUUCAUCUCAUUCCAGAAUGUCCAGUUUAUUAUUAUCUUUCUUUGAUAGUGCCGAAAAGUUCUCCAUUUUUGGCAGAAAUUAAUUUGGUGAUAACUAGAUUGAGAGAAGGUGGUUUUAAUAUAAAGUGGUACAACGAUUUUGCAGAUGCCCUGGUUUAUGAGAAAUUAAUUAACGUUAGUACUAAAGAGAAUCAUUUGAAAGCCUUGAAUAUUUCUGAUAUUCAAAUAUCGAUAUACAUCUUGUUUGUUGGAUAUUUUGUUUCAUUGUUAGUUUUGUGUGGGGAGAUACUAAUGUUUUAA